UUUGGGAAGCGCCUUGGAGAGUCAAGAAUAAAAUUGCAGGUCAAACAAUGGAUGACUGGAAAAGUCGGCUUGUAAUCAAGAGCAUGCUUCCCCAUUUCGCCAUGGUGGGAAAUCGUCAGGAGCCCAGAAAGCUCCAGGAAUCGCCACAGGGAACCAUUAAGAGGAGACAGGAAGGAGACAACUUCCAGUUUCCGGGCAUGGCUGACGGGGGUUACCCUAAUAAAAUCAAGAGGCCUUGCCUUGAGGAUGUUACCCUUUCUAUGGGCCUGGGUGCCCACCCCAGCACACCCUGUGCAGAGCUGCAGAUUCCCCCGUUAACAAUGAAUCCUAGCCCUGCAGCUAUGGGAGUAGCUGGCCAUUCGUUACUACUCGAAAAUAACCCCAUGAACGGCAGUGUGAUGGGUUCGCCAUUUGUGGUGCCACCGACUGCAGAAUUGGGACUGAAAGGGCCCACUGUUCCUUACUAUGACAAAACCAACAGCAUGCCUGCUGUGGACCAGGAACUUCAAGAUCUGCUGGAGGAGCUAACAAAACUUCAAGAACCUUCUCCGAAUGAGCUCGAUCUUGAGAAGAUACUGGGGAGCAAGCCAGACGAACCACUGGUCUUGGAUCACUCUCAGGCAAGUUUCAGCACAGCUCCCAAGCCUUCGGUUCAGAUGCCACACUUGGAGAGCCUUGGUUCCAGCAAGGAGUUUGCUUCUAGUUGCAGCCAGGUCACUGGCGUGUCACUUCAAAUCCCGCCCUCCUCUGCAGGGAUCAGCUAUGCGAUUCCCUCCACCAGUAAGCAGCUGGUCUCACCUAGUUCCUCCACAGCGCAGGCCAAGAACCAGGUGCAGGCGAUGCUCCCUGUCGCUUUGCCCCCACUCCCAGUGCCUCAGUGGCAUCAUGCCCACCAGCUGAAGGUGUUGGCAGCCAGCAAGCAGGGAUCUGCUACAAAGCAGCCAGGGCCCACUCCCAGUUGGUCUGGCUUGCCUCCUACAGGCCUCUCCCCACCUUACUGCCCAGUGCCAUCGCCACAUCCACCACCACCAUUCAGCCCUCAGAGCCUCAUGGUGUCCUGCAUGUCAUCCAGCAACCUGCCGGGGAGCACUCUCCAAGGUUCUCCCAAUGCCUUACUCUCGAGCAUGGCAUCCAGCAGCAAUGCUGCCCUUGGGCCCACCAUGCCCUAUGCUCCUGAGAAGCUCCCCAGCCCAGCUCUCAAUCAACAGCCGCAGUUCAGCCCGCAGAACUCCAUUCUUGCCAACCUGGUGUCCUCUACCAUUAAAAACCCUCAAGGACACCUGAUGCCCGCUCUGCCUACCAGCAACCCGGGGCCCUCCCCACCCUACCGCCCAGAGAAGCUCUCCAGCCCAGGCUUGCCGCAGCAGUCCUUCACUCCACAGUGCUCCUUGAUCCGGAGCCUCACUCCCACCAGUAACCCGCUUAGCCAGCAGCCACAGCAGCAGCAGCAGCAAGCAAAUGCCAUCUUCAAGCCUGUGACCACCAACUCACCCAAAACCCUGAGCAUGAUCAUGCAGCAGGGGCUAGCCAGCCCCAGCCCAGGAGCCCCAGAGCCGUUUACCUUUGGCAACACCAAGCCUUUGUCACAUUUCGUUUCUGAGCCGGGCCCACAGAAGAUGCCCUCCAUGCCUGCCGCCUCUAGGCAGCCUUCCCUGCUCCACUACCUGCAGCAGCCGACACCAGCACAGGCCUCUUCUGCCACUGCGUCCUCCACUGCCACUGCCACCUUGCAGCUGCAGCAGCAGCAGCCUGACCACUCUUCGUUCCUUCUGCAGCAGAUGAUGCAGCAGCCCCAGCGCUUUCCGCGAUCAGUAGCCUCGGAUUCCAUGCCUUCUCUGCCCAGACAGGCCUGUUGCCAUCUGUUUGCAUGGACUUCUGCGGCUGGCUCGGUGGAGCGCCAGCAUCAGCACUGCAGCUCUUACCCUAGCAGGCAAGAUCCGCAGCCUGGAACUGUGUCACCGUCUAACAUUACUCAUGUAGACAAAGCCUGCAAGCUUGGGGAAGCCAGGCCCCCCCAGGUCAGCCUCGGGCGACAGCCCCCAUCCUGCCAGGCCCUGGGGAGCGAGUCCUUCCUGCCCGGCAGCUCCUUUGCUCAUGAGCUGGCCCGAGUCACCUCCUCGUACAGCACCUCAGAGGCAGCGCCCUGGGGCGGCUGGGAUCCGAAGGCCUGGAGGCAGGUGCCUGCUCCACUACUGCCUAGCUGCGACGCCGUAGCAAGAGAAGCAGAGAUCAGGUCUUAUGGCAAUGACCCCUGAACAGCGGAGUGCAUAUGUCGCCCAACAGAUGAGUCAGUUUCAAGCCGUCCAAGAACAAGUCACCUCCAAGUGUAGCCGGACCAAGGCCAGCCCCCCAUCCAGCCAG